UGUACCAGUUUGAAAUAAGCUUUGCCUGGUCGACUCGUUGGGCUCGUGUGGGCUCGUAUGGACUUGGUGGAAGGGUAUGGCAAGACUUGAUUAAGGUACCUUGAUGUGACACGGAGACAAGAUCAGGAAUUCAGGAUGAUAUGUUUUUCGUACACAAUGAGUUGCUCGGAAUGGUUGCCGAUGGGAGAUGGAUAGAGUUAUAAAGCUAGUGGCUAUCACCGGUGGUUGAACAUAGCUAGACCAACCUGAAGAAGAUUCCUGCUUGUUGAUCAUUCCUAUUUCCAACAAAACAUCAACAGCCGUCCUUCCAACACUUACCUCCAGUCAACUACCUACUACCAACUUCCUCCUUCUUCCCCUCCGUUGUUCAUUUUUCGCGCCCAUCAUCAGACCUCAAAUCUAUACUCUCCCUCCCCUCUCACCUGCUGCCAUAAAAACAAUAACAAAGACAAGAUGCCCUCCUUCACCACCUCCCUCAAAGACACCCUCUCGGAACUCACUUCCUCGUCGUCCAAAACCCAAGACAAAUCCACCACAGAAAACGACCAAAACAAAGACUGGACCCAAGCCUCUUCCCAAGCCGCCCGCGCCUACGACGACUACCGCCAGGGUAACUCCUCCCAAGCGCGCGAGGAACUCGAGCAGGCAGCGAGUGCCGCCGCUUCUGCCUAUAAGGGUAGUGGAGGGAAGUUUAAUGCUCAAGAUUUUGCGGGGGGGCUGGUGAGCGGGUUGAUUCCAGGGUCGUUAUCCGGUUCUGGGUCUGGGUCUGGGUCUGGGUCUGUUGGUGUGAGUGUGGAUGGGGGAUUAUUGCCGGUUAAUCUGAAGGAUGAAGAUUUGGGCGGUGGUAGGGGUGAGGGUGGUGGGCAGGGGGUUGAGAGUGGUAGUGGGCGUGAGAAGGAGGUUAAGAGUGGUGGUGGUGGUGGACAUGAGGAGGGUGUUAUCGAUAUGAACGAAAAGGAGAAGAGCGGGUGUGGUUGUUCCACCAGCACCGGGACUGGUACCACAACAGAAGAAUCCUGCUGCGCCAAAACCGGCUCCGGCGACUGCUCUAAUUGCAAAGGUUGCAAAGCCAGUAAAGACUCCGGCGAAGAUUCCUGUCAGUGUCAGUGUCAAUGUCAGAAUCAGAACCAGAACCAGAACCAGAACCAGAAGUCAGACGGCAGCAACAGCAAAGGCUGUGCUUGCCGACAUGAUUCCGGGCAAGAACAAGAUAACAGUAACGGCACCCAAAGAGAGGAAUACACAAGUGGAAAGUCCUCGUCGUUCAAGGACCUUGGCGCCGGAUCUGGACUUGGAGUAGGAGCAGGAGCAGGAGCAGGAGAAGACUACACCUCCAACAACCCUCUGUCUACUGUUCAUGAUUUCGGCGGUACUAGAGCAAGUGGUCGUGAUACUGGAAGGGGUGACUUUGAACCGUCUCCUUCUGCAAUCACGGCUGCUACUGAUGAGCUGAUUGCGGGUGCUAAGAAUGAGAGUAGUGGUGCAUUGGGAGGAUACCUCCCUUGA